CUUCAAGCAAAGCCGCAGGCGGUAUCCCAAAGCAAUUACAAUUGGACAAGGAUUUCGGUUCAGGGCCAAUGAAAUGGCUUGUUUCAAGCUUCGUGGCUGACAUAACUGUUGUUGUAGGGAGCUGUAGGUUGGCCUGAUCAUGACGGAUUGUCGGACUCCAAUUUUUUUCCACGCUUAGCAGAAGCCAGAAAAGAACAAGAUCACUCGCAUGGUAGAGAGCACUAGUCUUCGAAGCUUCACAUAGGUAUAUAAUCGGUUUCAAACGUGGCACAGUCCGCCCAGCGUGUUGUCCAUAAAUAUGGGGCAAGUCUAAAUCUGCACCCUUCCCCUUUUGCGGUUCGCAGACAAAAGAACGACUACUGCAUCUGCGCCAUGUGUGGGUUGAAGUACUUAUCCCGCCGAUUGGUUUCAAGGUUACCAGUCUUCCAGCCAUCCUGAACAGCUUUGUUAACAAAAAAGCACGUCAUAUGUUUAAUCAGAUCCCAAAUAUGGAAAAUUAUAGUCCCUACUAUUUUGAUCCCCAAAUGGAGCAGCUUCCAGCACAAAGUGCAAAUGCACCAGCUCCUGCAAAAAAGGGACCAGGCAGAAAAAGGAAAAUCAAAACAGAACCAACAGAUGGAAAUACUGGAGAAGUCAAUGGUACAAAUGUGAAAGUCAAACAAGAGAAGAUCACUGGCAAACUGACAGUACGCAAGAAAAGGGACCGGUUCAAUGGAAUGCCUGAAGAGGAAGUCCUGGCUCGUACCUUGCCUGAUCACAUGGCUCCUAACUUGGAUAUCGUUAUUGUGGGCAUAAACCCUGGCUUAUAUGCAGCUUAUGUGGGUCAUCACUACGCAGGACCAGGAAAUCAUUUUUGGAAGUGCCUCUACUUAUCUGGACUUAUCCCAGAACCAAUGACAGCAUAUGAAGAUUCAAAACUCCUUGAACACGGUAUAGGAUUUACCAAUAUUGUGGCCAGAACAACAAGAGGUAGUAGCGAUCUCACUAGGAAAGAAAUCAAAGAAGGGGCUACAAUUUUAGCAGAGAAACUACGUCAAUACAAGCCUAAGAUAGCAGUGUUUAAUGGGAAGGGUAUUUAUGAAAUAUUUUUGGGACACAAAAAUUUUCACAUUGGAAAGCAGCCUGACCUGCUAGAAGGAACAGAGACGACAGUGUAUGUGAUGCCAUCUUCUAGUGCCAGGUGUUCUCAGCUUCCACGUGCUGUAGACAAAGUGCCAUUUUAUGUAGCACUUAAAAAGCUCAGGGACUACUUGAGAGGCGACAUGAAGACGCUUGAUGAGGCAGAGGUGAUUUUCCCAGAUCUUGAACUCAAGGUGAAGACAGAGAAGACAGAAGAGCCAACAGAAUCAACUCAAACACAACAGAUGAUGCCAACUCCACAACCUGAUUGGUCAGCUUGUAAUCAGUCGCAGCCUGGGAGUAAUAAUGGUAAUGGGAUGUGUUCAGUAGUCAAACAGGAGAAGUCUUACGACCCAAGGGAUUAUGGCAUGAUGCCAGCUGUGAGUCAGAAUUGUUACACAGGCCAACCUCCAUCAAUGGGCUUCCCUGCAAACUACCCUGGUAUGCAGGGCAUGUCUGGUCAUAGCCAGGCCUCGCCCAACAUGGGCGCUUUCUCUGCAUGCCAGAGUAUGGGCAUGUACCCUGUAAAGAUGGAACCAGGAACUACGUGCAUGUAUGGAGUGAUGCCACAACAACAACAGCAGCAGCAGACCCAGCAUGCCCAUCAACAGCAACAUUCCCAGCACAUGCCAAACUUCCAACAAAUGUCAGCCACUCAGCCCUAUUAUAGUGGUCAAUCCAUUCCCAAUUUCAGUGCGGUUGUAAAGAGAGAGCCCCCUUCUUUUGGCUAUGGUGACUGCAUGACGAUAUCUGACCCCAACACAGGGACUACGCAUAUACAGCUGUAAUAAGCUUAUGUACCUCACAAUGAAUCUCAAUAGGUUUUUUUUCCAUAUUGAAUACUUAUUAUAGUAUACUCCAUUGUCAGGGUUAAUAGAGAAAUGCAAGUGGACAUCAGUGUUUGUAGUUAAACUGUCAUGCCCAGCAUUAAAAACAUCCUUACAUUUUGCCCAUCAAUUGACGCUAACUUGAUUUUGUCCCUAACAGUAUGUCAGUUUGGCAGUCUCACUGAAGACUCCGCAGCAACAUUGUAGGGUAGACACUGUUGACUCUCCAAAGCCCUUGGGCUGGUAUUUAAGUGCAAACUUUUCUUUUGUUUUGUAUUUUGAUAACUUUUUCCGGGUGGGAAAUGCUGACAUCUGAAGCCCUUAUUGAUUUCAUUAUUUUAAAGAAAGUAAAAUAAAUUGUUUCUUUGAUAGACUUGUACACUCCGUUUUAGAUAGCAAAACCUCGAUGGUGUGUACUGAAGACUGUUGAUGUGGAAAGAAAGGUCUCCCGUGACAUGGUCAGAUCAUGAUUUCUAGUCUCUAGUCUUUGAUUUACAUGUAUAUUCCCCUGAAGCUGCUAAGGCAUUUGAAUCCAAUUGUCCUGUGACACUGUUCAAACACUUGACGUGCAAUUAUUCACCAAAAUUUCCAUCCUAAGUCAGUGAUUUCGUCCCACUCUAUUCCACACCUCCUCGUUUCAGCCAUUCUCUUCCAGUAGCCCAUGUAAAGCAUUUCCACAUUUAAUUGUGGACAUUUCUUGCUUUGUAUUCAUAACUGUCAUUGUGUAUGUUAUAAUGGGCUACAUAAUUCAACAUAAAAUCCAUUAAGUCAUGUACUUGUAAGUCCUCCAUGUGUGUAUUUUGUUAUCAUAUUAAAAAAAAAUUUACACUACUUUAGCCAUUAUUUUAAAACAUGAAAUACUAGCAAUAACUUUAAUACAUGUACAGGUGUAUCACAUUUAUGAUUUUUGAUAUUUAUUUCUAGCUACAUGUAUUCAUAACAUGUUAAAUUUGUUAUAUUGGUGCAUCACAAUAUAUGAUAUCUCCAUCAUUUAUUUAAAAUGUAAGUAUUUCUGGAUUUCCCAGGCCAUAUUAUAUUUCUGGGCUGUACACAAUUUGUAUCUGCGUGGUGUUUGUUGUCUUCAACUAAGCUGUACAUAACUUUUUGGCAAGUGUUGUGAAAAGUUUAUGCCAAACCAGAUACAAAUGAUACUCCUUGUGGUUCACAUUGUUUUACAUCUUUAAAGUUUCAGCCAUAUUUUGCAUCAGAUUUUAAAACUAUGAUCUCAAUUAAUUAUACCACCAGAUGUGCAUCUUUAAUACAUAUGCAGACUUCAUAUUAAAGGAAACAAAGAGUUUGCUGUCUGAAAUGAUCAAGUUCAGAGAAGAUUUCUGCAAAGGUGGUGUUUUUAUUGUCACUGGUUGAAGAGACAUCAAAAUAUUGUACACUAAAGACUAAAAGUGUUACGCUAUGGAUUAUUCAGCUAAGUCAAUAUUUAAAUAUUGUUCAUGAAUUUUCAACAUUUUUUUUAUAUACUAUACAUUUUACACUUGAUUUGAAACUAUUGAUCUUCCGUUAACUACCAGUGAUUGUUCCCGGCAACACCGGUGUCGAAUGGGGAAUUCUACUCACUGAACAGUCUAUUCAGUCUGUGAUUGUAUUUUUGGUAGCACCAAUUAGUCACCCAUCACUAUCAGCAAGCAGCUUUUACUAUGUUCUAUUUCCUUAUUCUUAUAAUUGUGCAGGUAAUUUCAUUUCAUAUUUUUGUGGUUGUCAUUUUUUUGUUUUUUUUUUUGUCAUGAACUUAAAUUCUGUAGAGGAGCUGUAUAUUUUAGUUGAGUUAAUAAUUUGUCACAAAGGUGUUGAUAUUCAGAUUCACAGUUGUAUUAAUGUUCAAUAUUUGGUCUAAGCAGGUUGUAUUUUUUCUGUAAUUAUUACUGCAGUAUGGAAAAAAACACUGCUGUUGAUCUGAAAAAUGCAUUUUAUUGUUUUGCAGCAUUUGUUUUUUUUUUUUCCUUUUUGUGGCCAGUAAAUGUAUUUACUUGUUGCCAUGGUAACAAGAAUAUCAGUGAGAAUGGUUAAUAAAUAAAAAUGUAUAUAUAUUUAUAUAUGUAUCUUUUUUUUAUUUCCUGAUGUUUAGGUAUGCUGCUGUAAUUUUUGUCAGUCAAUGUUAAUGCAUGAGUCUUGUUUCAAGAUUGGAUAAAUACUGGCAUUGGUUUUUAGACAAUUACAAACAUAUUUUGUGUUAAUAGCACAAUAUGUGCUUGUACAUUUUUUGCAUCUGUCAUUGUUUUACUUAAUCUAUAUUUUUAAUGUAGCUUACAUUGCAGCUUUGUACGGGUAUUGUAAUCCAGUUUAUGUUCAUGACCUGUUUAGCUAAAUUGACAAAGGAAUGUCAGAAUAGAUGGUGAAAGAAAACAAAAAAAAAACAUUACACAUGGUAUCAAAUUUUCGCAUGUGAAAUCAAAUCCGCAAAGGUCAAGCUUCAAAUAAUGUGAAUUGUAGAAUUCAUUUAAAAUUAAAUGGGUGUUUACCAGUAUAGUACAUUUAGCAUGUUUGGUAAGGGAAAUGCGUGUUCAUACAUAAAAUCAAAGAUAAAACAAGUUGUGCUUUAUUUUGCCUUUGAGCUCUUGUCAAAGAGAAGUUCUGAAUGAAAUUGUCCAUAAACUAGGUUUUGAUAGUCUUUACUGUUCUUUGUGUUGUUGUAUGAAAUGACUAUGUCUAAUCUUCAACAUUCAGGACUGAACUUUUCUGUGCUGUAUUGCUGUGCAUAAGAAGGACUUAAGUGUCAUGUUGUCUUCGGUUAUUUAUCAACUUGACCAAGAAUCAGACUAAUGUAAUAAUCAUUCUUUUACUGCUGAGCAAUAAUCUCUCUUUGAUCACUCACAGACUACAGAGUACAAACAAUAUUAUGGCGUGUAUCAUAGGUUUUUGAUGGCAUGACUUAUGGGAUGAUCUCUCUGGAUUAUGAGAUGAUUUGAAGAUAUUCAUUGCUGACUUCUUAGUGUCAAGAUUUAUACUAGGAUGUGCCAAUUCAUGUCUGUUUUUGCAUAGACAAAGUUUGAUCUCAAACUGGGUUACCCCCCUUUGAUUGCAGAGUGCAUCGCUUUGUAUGCUCUGCCUAGCAAAUUGGUCACUAUAAAAACUCAUCAUUAUUCUGCUGUGGGAAUAACAACCCAGUGAUUGUUUAUGAAUAUGUACUAACAUUUUAGCAGUCUAGAAAAUAGCUUUUUUGUAGUACUUGUAUCAAUACAUUUUUACAUUUAUGUAUAUUAUGGUCAUAUUUACAUGUGUAAGUUUAAAUUAUUUAUGAACCUAUACAUGUACAGUAAGAAAUGUUCACAUUAUAAGAUACAUGAUGAAAGAUAUGGCUUGAAUAUGCAUGGAAUGUAAUGACAGUUCCAUGAUUAAUGUAUGAACUUCUGUGUUUUAAUGUAUAAAUAA